CUGGUGGUUUAUUGUCAUUGUGGGCUGGUGGUUUAUUGUCAUUGGGAACUAGUGGUUUAUUGCCAUUGGGGCCUGGUGGUUUAUUGCCAUUGGGACCUGGAAGUUUAUUGCAUUGUUUAUUGCUAUUGGGGCCUGGAGGUUUAUUGCCAUUGGGGCCUGGAGGUUCAAUGUUAUUGGUGCCUGGAGGUUUAUUGCCAUUGUGACCAGGUGGUUUACUGCAGUUGGGAACUGGUUGUUUAUUGCCAUUGGGGUCUGGUGGUUUAUUGCUAUUGGGGCCUGGAGGUUUAUUGCCAUUGGGGCCUGGAGGUUCAAUGUUAUUGGUGCCUGGAGGUUUAUUGCCAUUGUGACCAGGUGGUUUACUGCAGUUGGGAACUGGUUGUUUAUUGCCAUUGGGGUCUGGUGGUUUAUUGCCAUUGGGGCCUGGUGGUUUAUUGA